CCCCUUCGUCGUCCCCGUUGCUUCCAAUCGCUUCGACGCCGAGGUCAAUACAAUGCCCCCCAAAAAGGCAAAGUUCGUCUCCAACGCGCAGUUGGAACAUUUGGAGUGGGAGUUACGAAAGAGGGGAAUUCGACCGACGGGCACUAUCCAAAGAAUGGAAAAGAAACUAGCAAAAGCGAAAAUAGAGGAGGAGAAGCUUCUGGCAGCUAAGGAACUUCGUGACAUUGAGGAAAACAACGGCCAAGAAAUGACGAUGGCGCCCACCACCUCCAAGAGUCAAAAGGUCACCAUAAAGAACAAAGAUAGUGCCAAAGUACGGUCCCGUCGAGCAAAAGCGAAAGCCCAACUUAUGGCAGAUUUGGAAGAGGGUCUGAAAAUCGUGCUGUUUCGACGUCCAUUCCAAACGAUUCACUAUUUCUUUCGAGAAAUUAUUUGUGUCAUGAAUGAUUUUGGGAAACGGUUGGUAUAUUCGUUGUACGACUCGAAAAAAGGGACGAUACCAGCAACUCGAAAAGUCGCCCUGUUUACAACAUUUUCUGCUAUUUUGUAUGGAUUGCUCUUCAUUUUUGGAAGAGAUGAACCUGAGUCGAUUAAAGCUCGUGAACUCGUAUAUUUGUACGGUUACUGGAUGAUUCUCGGAAUUUUGUCGUCUGUGGGAUUUGGAACAGGAUUGCACACAUUUGUUCUGUAUCUUGGACCGUUUAUAGCAAAAGUUGUUUUAGCUGCGGGUGAAUGUGGAACAUUGGACUUUCCCAAGCCGCCCUAUCCUGAUCAGAUCGUGUGUCCAGAAGGUGUCAACUCUAACCAUGGUGGGAGCGUUUCCGUCUACGACAUUAUGUGUAAAGUCCGCUGGGAGUCGUUCAUGUGGGGUUUAGGAACUGCUUUGGGAGAGGUGCCCCCGUUUUUUAUGGCACUGACAGCCAGAGUUUCGGGAAUGUCAGAUAACGAAGAUCUGCAAGAGUUUGCGAAACUUUUGGAACGUAUAAAGCAGGGCGAUCGGAAGAGUUUGAGCAUUCUUGAGCGUGGAAAACUGUUUAUGGAGGAUUUCGUAGAGCGAAUCGGUUUCUGGGGAAUCUUGGCGUGUGCAUCAAUCCCAAACCCGCUCUUUGAUCUGGCCGGGAUCACCUGUGGUCACUUCCUGGUCCCGUUCAGGACCUUCUUUGGUGCCACGGUGAUUGGGAAAGCGGUCAUUAAGGUGCAUUUACAAAUGCUCUUUGUUAUCCUGGCCUUCAAUCAAGACUUUCUGGAUCGUGUGGUUUCACUCAUUCGGAAGAUUCCACGGUACGGCGAAAAGAUAAGUGAUCCUUUCGUGGAGUACAUUUCUCAGCAAAAGGCUCAUCUUCACAACAAAACCGCUUGGAGUAAACCUGGACACGUUGCAUACGUCCUGGAUAUUAUCGUCACAUUUAUCUUGGUUUACUUUGUGCUUUCCAUCGUAAAUUCCAUGGCGCAAGCGUAUCAUAAGCGGAUCUGUGAAAAGAAGAGGAAUCGUAAAUGUUGAUUUGUGCGAGAAAAAAAUAACAUCCAAAGUUGUUAUAUGUUCAUCAGUACAUAUAUAUAUUGGAGGCAUAUUACUACAAUAUUUAUGUUAUUAUCUAAAAUGAAGCUAAGUAUUA